AGCUCCACCCUCUCAGCCCCUCCAGUGUGGUUUGCUCAGCUUCCUGCUACCCACACUUUUGCCUGCAACACCAUGGCACUAACCAUCUACCUUUCCUGCCUCCUGGCCCUGUCGGUGGCAAGCCUGGCUCAUGGCAUCAAGAGAUCCCUCAAGAACCAGGACCCAGGUCCCCAGCCACUGGAGCUGAAACAGGUCUUUGCGUUGUUCCAGAUCCAGUACAACCGGAGUUACUCAAACCCAGAAGAAUAUGCUCGUCGUCUGGACAUCUUUGCACACAACCUGGCCCAGGCUCAGCAGCUGGAGGAUGAAGAUUUGGGCACAGCAGAGUUUGGGGUGACUCCAUUCAGUGACCUCACAGAGGAGGAGUUUGGCCAGUUCUAUGGGCAUCAGAGGAUGGCUGGAGAGGCUCCCAGCGUGGGCAGAAAGGUAGAGUCUGAAGAGUGGGGGGAGCCAGUGCCUCCCACCUGUGACUGGAGGAAGUUGCCCGGCAUCAUCUCACCCAUCAAGCAGCAGGGAAACUGCCGCUGCUGCUGGGCCAUGGCAGCGGCGGGCAACAUCGAGGCUCUGUGGGGCAUCAGAUACCACCAGCCUGUGGAAGUCUCUGUGCAGGAGCUGCUUGACUGUGGCCGCUGUGGGGAUGGCUGCAAGGGCGGCUUCACCUGGGACGCAUUCAUAACUGUCCUCAACAACAGUGGGUUGGCCAGCGCAAAGGACUACCCAUUCUUGGGGAACACCAAACCCCACAGGUGCCUGGCCAAAAAAUAUAAGAAGGUGGCCUGGAUCCAGGACUUCAUCAUGCUGCAGGGCAAUGAGCAGGCAAUCGCCUGGUACCUGGCCACCAAAGGCCCCAUCACUGUGACCAUCAACAUGAAGCUACUGCAGCAUUACCAGAAGGGUGUGAUCCAGGCCACGCAUACCACCUGUGACCCCCAGCGUGUGGACCACUCUGUCCUGCUUGUGGGUUUUGGGAAGAGCAAGUCAGUAGCAGGGAAGCAGGCAGAGGGAGGCUCAUCCCGGCCUCGUCCUCACCACCCAAUUCCGUACUGGAUCCUGAAGAACUCCUGGGGUGCUGAAUGGGGUGAGGAGGGCUACUUCCGGCUGCACCGUGGGAACAAUACGUGUGGCAUCACUAAGUACCCAGUCACGGCCCGGGUGGACCUGCGGGUGAAGAAGCGCCUGGUGUCCUGUCCACCCUGAGCCUGUGAGGCAGGCCCUCAGCUCUCUCCUGCUAUGCCCACGGCCUCCUUGCUGCCUCCACCCAUGGCUUUUACCUGUUCUCCUAAUCUUGCUAUGGCUUGAAUAAACCAAGAUGAGCUCUCC